AUGAAUAUCAAAAAUAUCAGUAACAGCAACAGCGGUAGCAGCAGUUACAACCUUGAUACUUUCCAACAUCAACAACAAAAUCUAAAAAAUAAUAAUUCAUUAUUAAACAACAACAUCAACAACAUCAUCCAACACAAUAAUAAUAUAGUUUCGUUUUUAGGAAAUAGAAGUGCAGAACAUCCACAACAUCUACUCUCUCCAAUACUUUUCUCUGGCGCCGGCCUCAACAACGCAAAGCAAACUCAAAUGUUCCAACAAGAACAAACCAUUUCAACUCCAAUGAUUCCUCUAGAUGAGGAGCAAGAGUACUCUGACAAUGACUAUGACAUGUCACCAAAAGAUGAUAUAACAUCCCCUUCAAAGAAAAGAGGAAGAGGACCAAUUCACAAUGGAAUUAGAAGAUCACCAAACAAGUGGACCAAAGAAGAGAAUAAGAGAUUAUUCGAAUUGGUAAGCCAGUAUGGUGAGAAAAAGUGGAAGCGUAUCUCUGCAGAGAUGGGCGGUCAAAAGACUGGUGCGCAAUGUGCUCAACACUGGAAACGUGUCUUGAGUCCAGAUAUUAGAAAGGGUCCAUGGGAUGAAGACGAAGAGGAACUCCUGCUGCGUCUUGUUAACCAACAUGGAUCGUCGUGGAAGAAGAUUGCCAAGCGUAUCUGUAAGCGUACUGAUAUCCAAUGCCGUUAUCAAUACUUGAAGGCACUGCAAUCACGUGAAGUUCCCUGGAUUCCCAAGGAAGACGAGGCAAUGUUGAAAAAAGUCCAGGAACUCGAUAUGAACUUGUCUUGGCUCGAGGUAUCAGAGUAUCUCGCCAAAUUGAAACAUACAAACACCUUGCGUACUGCCCUCGAAUGCAAGACUCGUUACAUGCAGUUGACCAACGAGAUUCCAAUGGCCACACAACAAGCCGGUGGAAUGCCAUCCUCGCCAAUCUCAGAGUGCAACCAAUACGACUCGAACAGUUCUUCGCCAACGAUGGAGAGUUCCGAGUUGGACAGCUACACACGUCGUCGUAACCUGCCAACUUCCGCUUCAUCAUCGUCGUUGUUGUCGUCUUCCUCCAGCAAAGUCACAAUUUCCAACCUAAUGAGUCCAACUUCCUCACCAAUCCAAUCACCACUUUCCUCACCAGUCUUUAGUAACAACAACAAUCCACUCUGUAAUAAUACAAUGGACAUCAACAAAAACAUCAACAACCCACUUUUGUAUAGAUCAAAUAGCCAUAGCAGCAUCAUUUCCGCAUCACAUCCAAAGAAUGUAUCAACUUCACCAUCCUCCAAAAACUUUAGUAUCAAUCAUCUCUUAGACAACUCACCAACAUUACAAUCCAUUAAUUCCUCUGUCGACACCUAUAAAUCAAACAACACCGAACAACCACUCUGUAAAAAAGUAAGAAGCAAUGGUGAAUACUACAUUCAACCAACCGCCAAUACCUCCACUUCACUGCCAUCCAACGCACUUAGACUCCAAUCAUUUGGUACCGGAUUCAAUAGCGACAACAGUAGCGACGACGAUCACUUCCGUUCAAACAGUUUGAUCAACAAUCCAUUCUUGCCAAAGAGUUCGUCCAGCAUGUUGUUGCCAUCCACCUCAAUGUUAGCACAGGGUGCUAGCUCGUUUGGUCACCACCAUCACUCAAGCAGCAGAAAUCCACUCUCAAGCAGCGGCAGCAACUAUCCAAAUUCAUCCUCAUCGACACCGAAUAAUACAUCUUCACCACUUUCCUCACCAUUCUCUUCACCAUCGCGCGCUUCACCACCAACACUCUCAACCAUCCAAAAACUAAAGAACACAUCAUUUGAUUUUUUCAACUUGGAAUCAUUGGCAGCAGUAGCAUCCUCCCAACCAAGAGAAACAAGACCAAACAAUAUAGAUCAACUUCAACUUCAAGUGAAAUGA